CCUCCACCCCCGGCGUGGGUGAUCCCGAGGCUCGGCGCGCUUUGGGGCAGAAACCCGGAGACGCCGUCGCCUAUGUCGUUACCGCUGGCGUUUCUAUUGCCCUCGGCCCCCUUAGCAGACCCCCAGUUCGUGGCCCUAAGUCGGCUCUCCCGCCGAGCCCCGUGGAGUGCAGCGACGUCCCUCGGACUGCUUCUAAGGGGGCCUCGAGCUUGCAAGCUCGCCCCGCGCCGGAGCGCUCCGACCCGGCCAGGGAGCGGCCCCUUGUAGAGGUCCGAGGAGCCUAUCGCGGUCCAUUCCGGCGCCCGACCCUCCCACCGUUCUGCCACUGGCCCACUUCUUCCUGAUGCAGACUGCCGUCCACUAGAGGCUGGACAGGACCCCCGAGGUGAUUCAUGGCAGGGGACGUGGAAGGAUUCUGUUCCUCCAUCCAUGACACCAGUGUCUCUGCUGGGUUCAGAGCACUGUAUGAGGAGGGAUUGCUUCUCGAUGUCACUCUGGUUAUUGAAGAUCAUCAGUUCCAGGCCCAUAAAGCCCUCUUGGCCACCCAGAGUGAUUACUUCAGAAUUAUGUUCACAGCAGACAUGAGGGAACGAGAUCAGAACAAAAUUCAUUUGAAAGGUCUAACAGCUACUGGUUUCAGCCAUGUUCUUCAGUUUAUGUAUUAUGGAACUAUAGAACUAAGUAUGAACACUGUUCAUGAAAUCCUUCAGGCAGCAAUGUAUGUUCAGCUUAUAGAAGUGGUGAAAUUCUGCUGCUCAUUUCUCUUAGCCAAAAUCUGCUUAGAAAAUUGUGCGGAAAUUAUGAGACUGUUAGAUGAUUUCGGUGUUAAUAUCGAGGGAGUCAGGGAGAAGCUGGAUGCCUUUCUGCUAGACAAUUUCGUGCCACUAAUGUCCAGGCCUGACUUCCUGUCCUAUCUGAGCUUCGAGAAGCUCAUGUCUUAUUUGGAUAAUGAUCAUCUGAGCAGGUUUCCAGAAAUAGAGCUGUACGAGGCUGUGCAGUCUUGGCUGCGACAUGAUAGACGACGGUGGAGACACACAGAUACCAUCAUUCAGAACAUCAGGUUUUGUCUGAUGACUCCAUCCAGCGUUUUUGAGAAGGUUAAGACAUCAGAAUUUUAUAGAUACUCCCGACAGCUCCGGUAUGAAGUUGACCAAGCAUUGAAUUACUUCCAAAACGUUCACCAGCAGCCCUUGUUGGACAUGAAAUCAAGCCGUAUUCGUUCUGCCAAACCCCAAACUACAGUAUUCCGAGGAAUGAUUGGACAUAGCAUGGUCAAUAGUAAAAUACUUCUGUUAAAGAAACCAAGAGUCUGGUGGGAACUGGAGGGCCCCCAGGUACCUCUAAGGCCAGACUGCCUUGCUAUUGUCAAUAAUUUUGUAUUCCUGCUAGGUGGAGAAGAACUGGGUCCUGAUGGUGAAUUCCAUGCCUCUUCAAAAGUGUUCAGGUAUGAUCCAAGACAAAAUUCUUGGCUGCGUAUGGCAGACAUGUCUGUACCACGUUCAGAAUUUGCUGUUGGUGUUAUUGGGAAGUUUAUUUAUGCUGUAGCAGGCAGAACAAGAGAUGAAACUUUCUACUCAACAGAAAGAUACGAUAUCACUAAUGAUAAAUGGGAAUUUGUAGAUCCUUAUCCAGUUAACAAAUAUGGACAUGAGGGGACAGUGCUCAAUAACAAGUUGUUUAUCACUGGAGGAAUCACUUCAUCUUCCACAUCUAAACAGGUGUGUGUAUUUGACCCCAGUAAAGAAGGGACCAUAGAACAGCGGACCAGAAGAACUCAAGUCGUCACCAACUGCUGGGAGAAUAAGAGCAAGAUGAAUUACGCCCGAUGCUUUCACAAGAUGAUCUCUUAUAAUGGCAAGCUUUAUGUCUUCGGUGGUGUCUGUGUGAUCUUAAGGGCCUCUUUUGAAUCUCAGGGCUGCCCUUCCACAGAGGUGUACAACCCAGAGACCGAUCAGUGGACCAUCUUGGCAUCCAUGCCAAUUGGUAGAAGUGGUCAUGGUGUGACUGUGCUGGACAAACAGAUAAUGGUCCUUGGAGGCCUUUGUUAUAAUGGUCAUUACAGUGAUUCCAUUCUCACCUUUGACCCAGAUGAAAAUAAGUGGAAAGAAGAUGAGUACCCUCGGAUGCCCUGCAAGCUGGAUGGUUUACAGGUUAACAUCUGCACAAACAGUUGAAUAUUCUUGGUCUUCCAUUUUGAAGAUACAAGGCCAAGGUCAGUGAUUGUUUCAGAAAAUUCAUGAAAUCUUAACUUGAACUAAUUCUGGGUUCAGCUUCAAGUAAGUCAUGUCUGACUAUAUUCUUAGCAGUAAUCAGUUUUGAGCUUUAAGACUAGUUGCUAUUGCUUGGGUUCAGAAUGUAUGAGGAAACUGUAGUUCUAAUUUAGACUAUAAAUCCACAAAUAACUUUACAUUCCCUUUAAAAUUAUGGUUUAAUAGCUGCAAGAGAUUUAUUUUUGUUAUACUAAACUAUGGAAAAUUUCUCAUAGAGUUUUUUCAAGCUUUUCUGUGCUUCAUUCGGAACUACUUUGUCUAUAUGCAUUGUAUAGGGUCAAGAUUGUCAUCUUGGAAAAACUCAGUAAGUGGUUUGAAACUAUAUGGUUUAACUGUUAGGAUCUUUAAAAACAUCAUCUUUUAUUUCACAUCUUAAAAAGUAGCUGAUUUUUUUAAAUGGUAUUUUUAACUGGCAUCACUUAUUUUUUUUUUUUUUUUACAUGUGUUUGACCUUCCAAGUUUUGAUGUUAAGGAAAAUUCUUGCACUACAGGCUUUUCAUAAAAUACAAGAUUCUCACAUUGAAGGUUUUGUAUUGGAAGAAAUGCUACUGGUUUCUAAAAGGCAAAGAAGUAUAGAAUGAUUAGCUUUUCUUGAUAGCUUUUCCUAUGUCCUCCUCAUUGCUUUGCUUUAUGUGAGCGUUACUCUAAUUAUGAAUACUUACUGAGCCCUUCACAUAUCUUUUUUUAAAGCAGCACCUUUGGACACCUCAUUCUGGGAAGCUUGCUUGAAUCACAGUAAAGAACACACACACUUGUGUGGGAAGAAGUAAAAUGGAGAGUUUUGUCUUAAUUACAUAAAACUAAGCUUUAAAAUAUUUUAUAACAAAUUAUUUGAGCUGCAUAAUCUAAACAUGUCAAACGUUUUGUGGGACUAUUUUUAUAUAUGUAUAUGUGGGUGUAGGUCCUAACAUUUCAGUUUAUAAUAUAAAUUGUUAUUUCAGUUUAUAAGCUAUCUCUCAAAAGAGACUAGCUCUCUUGAGAAUACAUAAUUUAAAGUUUUAGACUGAAGUAAAACAACAUAGACAAUAGUGUAAAUUAGAAAUAUUCGGGGGCUAUCAGUGAAACUGCUAGUGCCAGUUUUCUUGUUUGUCUACCAUGUUUUCAGUUUUGUUUUGUUUUGUUUUUGUAUUCAAAACAUUUUGAGAGAUCAUGCAUUUGUUUAAUUACAUUUAGAGUCGGUUUGGAAAUAAAUAUCUUCUAAAAAGAGAUUUAUCUUAAAAAAUAAAAUCCCCCCAAAUUAGUUUCUAAGAGUUUAUUACUUCAAAUACACUAUAGGCAUAGACUGGAAUAGAUCAUUCAUGGGAAUCCUUUCCUUGUAUCAGUAUAACUCCUACUAUUGUGUUAGUAGCCUUGAGAAUGUCAUCAACUCUGUUCUGUCCUAAAAUAUUCGGGUUUUCUUUUGACUUCUUUGGGAACAGCUGCAUUAAAAGUUACUAAUCAGUAUAUCACUAAGGACUGGGUGUUUCCUUUUUGAAGGAAUGUUCUGGAGGUGACCAGAAAGGUUCUCCUUUUCUUUUCUUUUCUUUUCUUUUCUUUUCUUUUCUUUUCUUUUCUUUUCUUUUCUUUUCUUUUCUUUUCCUUUCCUUUCCUUUUCUUUUCUUUUCUUUUCUUUUUUCUUUUCUUUUUUCUUUUCUUUUUUCUUCUCUUCUCUUCUCUCUUUUUUCUCUUCUCUUCUCAUUUCUUUUCCUUUGCUUUCUUUUUCCUUUUCCUUUCUUUUCUCUUAACCUAACUUAUAAAUGCUCCUGGGCAUACUUUGUUUAUAGAAAAAUAUUUUGACCUUUAGGUACCUUUGGGGCCAGUAGUCAAAUAAUCCUAGGGCCGAUAUUCAAGUCUUAGAAUGAUUAAGGUUUGCCUUUUAUACCUGUUUUGAAAGCCUUUACAUUUUUUUUUUUUGGGUCAGGUAAUUUUUUUUCCAAACCGUGGAUAUAAUCUAUUCAACAUGUUUAUGCCAUUCAUUCUGUUUUUAAAUUGAAAAAAGUUAAA